UAAACUUCAUUGCGUUGACGUUGACGGGCAUUAAAACGACCGACUUUCUUCCGUUUUGUUCCGUCUCUGAGUCCCUGUGGCCUUCUCCCUCCAUUUCCGGGGAAAACCCUAGCUAGCUCCUGCUCUCACUCCCCCCCUUCCCCCAGUACUGAGAUCUCUCUCACUUUCACCUCAACAAUGUCGACCCGUUGGCUCCUCCUUUUCUUCUCACUCUUUGCUCUUCUUAUCUUCGCCCACCUCUCGUCCGCAGCUCCCUCCAAAGAAUCGCCAACCAAGGACGAAGAUCUCGACGAAGACCUCAGUUUCCUCAAAGACGACGACGAGGAGGACGACGCCGUUGAUCCAUCUCACUCGAAACUGUUGCACGGACUAGAUCUGGAUCAGCUUGACUAUUCCGACAACGAGGGCGCCGACGACUUCGAUGAUUUGGAAGACUUCGGGGGCGCCGAGGCCGACGAUCACGAUGCGUACUCGAUGCCCGAGGUCGACGAGAAGGACGUCGUCCUUUUGAAGGAGAGGAACUUCACCACCGUCAUCGAUAACAAUCGGUUUGUGAUGGUGGAGUUCUAUGCCCCGUGGUGCGGCCACUGCCAGGCGCUGGCGCCGGAGUACGCGGCGGCGGCGACGGAGCUGAAGGGCCAGGAUGUGGUGCUUGCCAAGGUCGACGCUACCGAGGAGAAUGAGUUGGCUCAGGAGUACAAUGUCCAGGGGUUUCCCACUGUGUUGUUCUUUAUUGAUGGUGUUCACAAGCCGUACUCUGGCGCCAGGAAUAAAGAGGCUAUAGUAACUUGGAUCAAGAAGAAGAUUGGACCUGGUAUAUACAACAUAACCACAGUGGAGGAUGCAGAGCGCAUAUUGACUUCCGAAAAUAAAGUUGUUUUGGGCUUUCUCAAUUCCUUGGUGGGACAAGAAAGUGAGGAACUUGCUGCUGCUUCAAGACUUGAAGAUGAUGUCAACUUCUAUCAAACUGUGAAUGCAGAUGUUGCAAAGCUUUUUCACAUUGACUCUGAGGUUAACCGCCCUUCUUUGGUCCUGCUAAAGAAGGAGAUUGAGAAAUUGAGCUAUUUUGAUGGGAAAUUUGUUAAGUCAGCAAUAUCUGAUUUUGUGUUUGCCAAUAAGCUUCCUCUAGUUACCAUCUUUACCAGGGAAAGUGCCCCUGAGAUUUUUGAUAGCCCAAUCAAGAGACAGAUGUUGCUAUUUGCCACGUCAAACGACUCUGAAAAAGUUAUCCCAACAUUCCAAGAAGCUGCAAAAUUCUUUAAGGGAAAGCUUAUCUUUGUAUACGUGGAAAUGGACAAGGAAGAGGUUGGGAAGCCUGUUUCAGAUUUUUUUGGCAUCACAGGAGAUGCUCCCAGGGUUCUCGCAUACACAGGAAAUGAUGAUGGGAAGAAAUUUGUUCUUGAUGGGGAGAUGACUCUGGAUAAAAUUAAGGCUUUUGGAGAAGAUUUCUUGGAAGACAAGCUAAAACCUUUUUUAAAGUCGGACCCAAUUCCUGAGGCUAAUGACGGUGAUGUGAAAAUUGUGGUUGGAAAUAAUUUUGAUGAGAUUGUUUUGGAUGAGUCAAAAGAUGUUCUUCUGGAGAUAUAUGCACCAUGGUGUGGCCACUGCCAAGCGCUAGAGCCAACAUACAAUAAACUCGCCAAACAUCUGCAUGGCAUUGAAUCUCUUGUUAUAGCAAAAAUGGAUGGCACUACUAAUGAACACCCCAGGGCGAAGCCGGAUGGUUUCCCAACAAUUCUCUUCUUCCCAGCAGGAAACAAGAGCUUUGAUCCUAUUAGCGUUGACACUGAUCGAACUGUUGUGGCAUUUUACAAAUUCCUCAAGAAACAUGCAUCAAUUCCUUUCAAGCUUCAGAAACCAGCUUCAACUCCAAAGCCAGAUGGUUCUGUUGCCAAGGAUAUCCCGGAGAGCACUAGCGAUUUGAAGGAUGAAUUAUGAGAACUGUAUUAUUUUUUGGCUCCCAUAUCAGUUACAGGGAUAAUCAAUUCAAUGAAAAAAGUGCGAUGAAGAUGAAAGAUGAAUCUCCUUUCACCUUUUUUGAUCCCUUUUUUUUUUUGGUGUGCUGUAAUUUAGAAACUUUUAAGUUUAAACUAUCUCGUGUCUCCCCAUAACUUCUUUCAAAGAAAUGAAAGUGAAUCCUCUGUAUUGCUUCAAA